AAGAACUAAAGUGUGUGUCAAGUGUGACAGCUAGGGUUGGCAAGAAAAAAGUUGCUUUCUUUCUCACUAUAUAGGAAAUCUUUCAAAUGGCAAGCAUUGCAACGGUGAAGAUUCUGUGUUGGGUGCUGGUUGGGAUGGUGGUAGUUGCACCCAAUUCUGAGGCGGCGAUCUCAUGUGGCUCGGUGGCUAACACCCUAGCUCCAUGCCUUAACUAUGUGUUGAGUGGUGGUGCGGUGCCUGCUGCUUGCUGCAAUGGGAUUUCUUCACUCUAUAACUCACUGAAGACCACCCCCGACCGCCAAACUGUCUGCUCCUGCUUGAAAUCCGUUGCUGGUUCCGCCUCUCCUACCAACUUUAAGAACGCUGCUGGCCUCCCAAGCAAAUGUGGCCUCAACAUUCCUUACAAGAUCACCCCCUCUAUUGACUGCUCCAAGAUUCAGUAAAGCAGAUGAAGAUGGAUUUUCCUUCAGCAGCAUAUUAUAAUAGUGAAUCGUAUAAAUAAGAUCAGUUAUUGGAUCUACUGGCUGCUCUACCUGAAGGAAAAUCUGUGUUAUUUCCUGGUCAUGAUCUCAGUUUUUAUUUUUAUCUUUUUACCUAGUAGUUCGCGUUAUCCUCUCUGUUGUCUGGUCUAUGUGGUUGCUAUCUAAAUCAGUCUAAUGAACAUAUAUCUGCUAGUUUUCGCUACA